AUGCACUUCUCGCUGAAGGCUUUCAGUAACAUUACUAUCAUAUUCACAGAUAAUUUCCCACCUAACAUCACUGGAGAUUCAACCAUUCAAACUCGUCUUGAUGAACCAGUGUUUGUUCUUUUUGCUGCAACUGAUAGCAAUGAUGAUGAGGUGACAUUUUCAGUGGUGACUGAUUCUCCAGAUAUCACAAUUACAGAAAAGGGAAACUUUUCUUGGAAUCCAACAAGCUCCGCCCCAGUGUUUGCCAUAAUACAAGCAAAUGAUUCUAAAGCUGUUUCUGUGUUAGGAUUGACGCUUGUAUUGUGCAACUGCAGUAUCAAUUCAACUUGUGAUUAUUCCAGAUCAAUUUUGACCGUGGGAAAAAACAAUACUGUUUUUAAGAUCCCAGCAUGUAAUUGUACCCCUGCCUACACGGGUGAUUACUGCACUGAGGAUUUUGAUGCUUGUCAAGAUAACCAAUGUUUCCUGAAUGACACUUGCAAAGACCAACCUGCACCAUUGGAGGGUUACACCUGUGAUCCCUGUCCAGAUAAUUUAAGAGGAGAUGGGAUUAAAUGCUAUGACUUAGAUGAGUGCCAAGAAAAUACGCACACUUGUGAACAGAUCUGCACAAACGUUUUUGGAGGAUUCAACUGUAGCUGCAACCAAGGUUACACAAUAAAUACAUCAAACAGCUCCCUGUGUACUGACAUUGACGAAUGCAGCAAUAACUCUACAUGUCCCCAAAAUGCAGACUGUCACAAUGGAAUGGGCAAUUACUCAUGUGUAUGCAAGGCUGGAUACGAAGGAGAUCCAUUCAGGUUCUGCAUUGAUGUGGAUGAAUGUCUUGAUAGUAAUUCAUGUGCCAGCAAUAAUUCCAUCUGCACAAAUACUGAAGGCUCUUUUAACUGCACAUGUCUCAAAGGAUAUGAAGGAACCAACUGCACAGAUAUUGAUGAAUGUGCAGAAAAUCAGAACAAUUGUCCCUUGAGUUCUGUGUGCAACAAUACAGCUGGCUCAUUCAUAUGUCAAUGUAAAGACGGCUAUGAAAGUCCUAACUGCACUGAUAUUGAUGAAUGCACCAGAUUUCUGUUUGACUGUCCAAGUAACGCCGGCUGUGAAAACAUACCGGGUUCAUUCAUCUGUUCCUGUCUGCCUGGAUUCAAAGGAAAUGCAACAUUCUGCGAAGAUAUUGAUGAGUGUGCAGAGAAAAUAGCAUCGUGUCCUUUCAAUGAGACCUGUGAAAACACAAUUGGAAAUUAUACUUGUAUUUGCCCCGCUGGAUCUGAAAGAGUCAAUGGUUCUUGCCAAGAUAUCGAUGAAUGCCAAAACCCAGCAGAAUGUUCAGAGAGUGGGCAACGCUGUGUAAAUACUGAAUAUUCUUUUAAAUGUGAAUGCAAGAAUGGAUUUAUGAACAUUAAUGGAACAUGUGGAGAUAUAAAUGAAUGCCUUAAUGCAGAAGAAAACAACUGCUCUAAAACACUAGGGAUCUGCGCUAACUUGGAGGGUUCAUAUGCCUGUCAGUGCAAGGCUGGUUAUACUGGAGAUGGCAUUACUUGCAAUGAUACAGAUGAAUGUGCUGGCAGUAAUAUCUGUUCGAUGAAAAGCAAUACAAUGUGUGUCAAUACUGUGGGAUCUUACAACUGUACAUGUCAAAGCGGAUAUGAUGGCCACAACUGCAGAGAUCUGGAUGAAUGUCUUAAUGAUGAGAUAUGUUCGUGGAAAAACAACAGCAUCUGUGUCAAUACUGAGGGCUCUUUCAUCUGCUCAUGUCAAACGGGAUAUGAUGGAUUCAAUUGCACUGAUGUGGAUGAAUGUCUUGACCCUUAUGUGUGUUCCUGGAAAAACAAUACCAUGUGUGUCAAUACUGUUGGAUCGUACAACUGUACAUGUCGAGCGGGAUAUGAAGGUCCUAACUGCACAGAUAAUACCUUGGCUACAGCGACAACUGAACAGUCUACCUCAGGACCAGCAGUUACAACAUCAACAAGAAGUGUCACAAGUACAAAACCAACUUUGAUGACUGCAACAACCUCAACUGUAACAGCAUCCAGCACAAUGACCACAGAAAAGACCAUAGGAACAAGUCCCAAUGAAACAGCAGUUCCUGCAGUUACAAACUCAACAACAGGUGUCCCUACAACCACAACAAGCCCAACAACAACACCCAACAACUACCUUAACCACCACAACUAA